GUCAAGUUAUUCUUAUACUUACAGUUUUAAUAUAAUUGAAGACUAUAUAUGUCAAUGGAUCAUAAAAAUAUACAAUAAAAACUUAUAAAUGAAGUUUUUACUUUCGCUUUAAGUAUUUUUGGCGCUAAAAGUCUUAAUCAUUGAAACGCUUUUUCAGAUGAUGGUGAGAAUGGAUUAUUGGGCGCUUAAUUAACGUUGAAUGGAAAACAUGGACUGCGAUACUGAUGAAGAUGUUUUGUUUGAGAAUUCCCCUUUACAUCAGCAUCUUCUAGAGACAGGAAUAGAGAACCUGAUCACAGAGAAAACGCUAGCGAGCAGUACAGAGAGGGAUGGGAAAAAUGGGAGAAAUGUACUCACAUCGCCAAGCCAAGCGAGGAAAUCUGAUGUGUUAAAUAAAUGCAUGAAACAUUUCCUAAAUCUUCUCACACUCUUGUUGGGAAUAAACAGAGUAAAAGAGGAUGUUAAUCAAGUUAAACUGUUCUACAAGCGGAGAAUCUUGGACGCUGCUCUGACUUAUGAGAUUUUGGAGGAGGGGGAUCGGAGUUACCUGGAACAUUUCUCUGGACUGAAGCAGACAGCUGAUUCGGGGAAACAGGACCCAGCUCUGACAUCUAAAAUAAGCAUUAUGCUGUGCAUCCCUCUUUUGUCGUCGUACUUCUAUGGACGAUGGGCAUGGCCCGAUUCUUCCUUUCAAUACACACACAUCACAGACGCCCUGUCAGUCGUGAUCGCUGUGUACAUCCUGUAUCUGACUGGGAAGGCCCUGUACCUGGCGUGGUAUAAGUGGGCUCUAGAGAGACUGGCCCGGGGGGUGACAGAGAUGUUAACCUGCGGGGAGGAGUUCUUCAGGGGGACAGGGAGGUGUCUGAGGCUGAUACAGGAAUCAGAACUCGUGGCCCGGGGCUUCACACUGGUGAGCCAGAGAAGUCCUCUGUGUAGACUUGAACAGAAUGGAAUGCUGGGAUACCAAAGACAGUGUCCGCAACUGAGACGGCAGCUGUUUAUCAUGUGUAGAGACUGUAUGAUAGCUAGUAAAGAUUGGACCGGUCAGUUGAUCAGUCAACACCCUUUACCAGCUGAUCACUCCAUUAAUUUCCUGGCCCACAUUCCUUUAGAGGAGUAUGGACCCUGUCUGCAGGUUGAGGGAGAUAACUCCGUUUCCCGGUCACGCCUGGAGGAGGUGACAGAUGGAUUCUCUAUAUCAGCCAUCAAGGGAAUUAAUCAUGUCUGUAGGCUGCAGUACUCGGAGUUCUGUAGAUGUGUCGUUCUACGUGUACUUCAGGCUGUAGAUUCACCAAGUAGCAGUGUUGCCCCAGAAACAGGAGGGAUUCUUGAGAAAGUCUGGGGAUGGAUCAAAGAAUUGGAGACCCUUCACAGUUACUACAGCAGUGUUACAAGUCUGUCAGACACGCUACCUCAAAAAUCAGACCUCAGUCAAAUGAAUGACCUUGACAUAGCAGUGCACAGCCUUGACCUUCAUUUACAGGCAGCCUUACUGAGGGUCAGGAAACUGUCAGUCCUUUUAAAGCAUUCAGCCAAUCAGAAUACAGAGAUUAAACAAGACAACCAAUCACAGGAGGUCGUCUGGGAUCAAAUCAAACAGGAACUACUGGCUUGCAAAGGAUGCUGGGAAGAAGGAUUGGAACGACUGAACAAGUUGUACAAAAACCAGCCACGCCAGGAAAAGACAGAAGAGGUUCCCCCUCAGACAGAGAAUACUGAGACCCCCGUCCCUAUCCCCCCAGAGGACCUGUUUAACACCAGUCCCCCAAUCAUAGAGGACGAGGUGUUUGAAGCCUACAUUGAUGAGGAAACGGAAAAUGACCCAGAUUACAGUUGGGACGAGUAUCUCACACCCGAAGACAAGGAAAAGAAGAGGCGAGAGAAACAGGAAGCCCUGCGAUUACUGACGGAAUUGAAGUCGGUGAUUUCUGUGAGAGCUCAGGAGAUGGGGAGGAGAGAGAAGAUCGCACAGGAGAGAAAGUACGGCCACACGACUUCAGAGAAUCAGAGUGUGAAACAAAGAGAUCUGACAACAGAGGACCAAGAGAGAAAGUACAGCCACACGACCUCAGAGGAUCAGAGCGCAGAGAGGAAAGAUGUGACCACAGAAGACUGGAAAGUGGGGCAGAAAUUAAUACAGAGGAGAAAUUAUGACAAUGAGGAUAGUGAUGAAAAUACAAACUUGGAUUUAUCUAGUGUUUCUUGGAAUGAAGGUGUUCCCCUGCAUGAAGAGCUUUGUCAUGAAGAAGAUCUGAGUUGUGACGAGUGUAAAUUAGCUGUGGAACAGUUAAAAAGUGUGGAGUGUGAAAGUGAUUUAGACUGUGGGCUACACACAGACACUGAAAAUGAUCAUCUUUGUAAAGAAAGGAUAUUUACCACGGGUUCAGAGGAAUCGGUCGAUUGCUCUUUAGGAAGUUUUCGGGACUCUGUACCACGGAUUGGAGUCCUACCUACACAGAGUCCAGGCUUUCAGUUUUCCUCCAGUCUGGCUGCCAUGGCGGUUGCUAGGUCACGUGACUUUGGGCUGACAGAAGACACGUUUGGUGACAGUGAGUCAGAGACAGAGAACCAGGUGAUUGAGGACUAGUCCAAACACGUUACAUUUACACGAAUCUGACUCACAUAGUCUGAUGACUGUUUUACAUUGAAACUCAUCACAUAAGUACAUGUGCAGUGAAACUUGUCGAAUCCAGACUUUGUGUGUAAUGAAAUUUUUGCCUUAUAUGAUGUUAACCUCCCUUUCACACAGAAGGGUUACUUUGAAUUAUUUUCAACAUUCUUUCAAUGCAAAUGUAAGUCAGAAGUUUUACAUGCUGAAAAUUGCCCCUAGAAAUUUUGCAAUAAUAAUGCUUCAUAUAAAAUAUUUUAUUUCUAAAACUUUUCAAAAAUUUUUUUGAGCUGUAAAGUUGCAUUUUUGCACUUUUCACCAAAUUAUGUGGCAUAGCCAUUAAAACAUUUUAAGCUGUUUAACUAUUAAACCAAAUACAUGCAUCACAUCUGAAGUGAGAGAGGUAUCUAUUAAAUUUAUGUAGCAAAGAUAAUAGAAUUUUGGAAGAAAAGGUUUUUUUUAAUUCUUAAACCAGAAUAUUGUUUAAUCUGGCCAAUUUCUUUUGAACCGACAGUGCGCAGAUUAGACAAAUAGACUGUACCUCUGGUUGUGUGUAACAUCUUUACUAGUCUGUAA